AUGUAGAGAGAGAGAGAGAGAGAGAGAGAGAGAGAGAGAGAGAGAAUGGGGAUUCAGGGCCUCCUCCCUCUAAUGAAGUCGAUCAUGGUUCCAUUCCACAUCAAAGACCUCCAUGGCUGCUCCGUCGCCGUAGAUACCUAUUCAUGGCUCCACAAAGGUGCUCUAUGUUGCAGCAAGGACCUCUGCAUGGGCUUUCCCACCUCUAGGCACAUUGAUUACUGUAUGCAUAGAGUAAAUUUGUUGCGGCAUCAUGGUGUCAAACCUAUUCUUGUCUUUGAUGGAGGGCUUCUACCAAUGAAGAGUGACGAAGAGACCAAGCGUUCAAGGGCAAGGAAGGAAAAUCUUGAGCGUGCAAUUGAACAUGAGUCCACUGGCAAUUCUGCUGCUGCUUAUGAGUGCUACCAAAAGGCUGUUGAUAUAUCACCUUCAGUUGCCUUCAAACUAAUCCAGGUCUUAAAGGUGGAAAAAGUUGAUUAUGUUGUUGCUCCCUACGAGGCUGAUGCCCAGAUGGCCUUCUUGUGCCUUAAUAAGACUGUUGACGCAGUUAUUACAGAGGACUCUGACUUGAUACCAUUUGGGUGUUCCAGAAUUAUCUUCAAAAUGGACAAGUUCGGGCAAGGUGUUGAGUUUCGGUAUUCUAUGAUUGAACGGAAUAAGGAGAUGAAUUUUAGCGCAUUCACCAGGCAGAUGCUUCUUGAGAUGUGCAUCUUAAGUGGCUGUGACUACCUACAUUCAUUGCCUGGUUUGGGCCUGAAAAGGGCUCAUGCUCUUAUGCGGAAGUUCAAAAGCUAUGACAAGGUAAUUAAGCACUUGCGAUACAGUGCUAUUUCAGUUCCGCCUUUGUAUGAAGAAGAUUUCAAGAAAGCAAUGUUGACUUUUCAACAUCAACGAGUUUAUGAUCCUACAAGUGAAGAUAUUGUGCAUUUAACCAGCAUCCCCAAUGACCUUGGUUCCGACUUGGACUUUUUGGGCCCAUCGAUACCACAAAGUGUGGUUAUCGGCAUAGCCAAAGGCGAUCUCGAUCCAUUUACUAAAUUGCCAUUCCAGGGGGAGAGCAUUUGUGCUGGGCUUGUGCAUGAAAAAACUUAUCCAGUUAAAGAAUUUAAACUUGAGAAUAAAAGGAAGAAGUCAGAUCUGUCUACGCACAACAAUGUCUUGACUAAUUAUUUUUGCUUAGCAUCUCUUGAAGCAAAGAGGAACUUCAAGGUCCCUCGAGUAAUUCCGAAGCACUUACGAUCAACGUAUGAAUCUUCUCCUAGCAUCACAAACCAUGGUUCUGAUUUUUCUUCCGUGGCCGAGGCUGUUGUUUGUACCAUAAACUGCUCACAGGGAUCUCUAACUGACUCAGGAAAUAGCCAGGAUGCCCUACCUUUCAAGGAUUCUGUGGAAGAUGAUUUUGCUACUGAAGGCAAUAAGCUUUUGGAGUUUCAGCAUGAUGUUGGUCGAAAUGUCACAAGUGAUGUUAAAGAAAAUUUGAAUUGUUUGGAAUAUGCUGUGAUGCGGCGGCAAUCAAAUGGUGAUACAGUUAGGCCUUCUAUGGAAUUGGGCGAGAAUCAUUUACCUAAUUCUUCAUUGGAAGUCGUUGAUGACAGAACAGUGAAAAGAAAGGUCAUCAUAAGGAGUCGUUAUUUCGAAACUAAGUUAUUAGAUAAGAAUGACAAUGACAAUGAAAAUGAAAAGCUUGUUGUAGAGGAGGAAGAUGCAAGUUCUGUUCUUUGUGGCAAUACAGUACCUAAAAGUGUUUUACUAGGGAAUAACUACAUGGGAAGUUCUAGUAAGAAAAGAAAGUCCACUUCCAGUCAAAAUAUUCGAAGUGGAACUGCAAAAGCGAUGGGUACAUUGGCAAAUUCAAUGCAUUCCAGGGAAAAUAAUGGCAUUCCUGAUCUUAGCAGUAAAUUUAUGGAGGCAGACACCAAGGAUGGUAAUUUCGGAUGUGAUAUUUCCCAUUUGAGCCAGUAUUCUGAUAUAGCAGAGAAAUCAAUGGAGAGAUUUGUUUCGGUUAUGUCUUCGUUUAGAUACGUGGCAUCUGGUUCCCGUGCCAGUGGUCUUCGUGCACCACUAAAAGAUGUGAAGAAUACAUGUGCAGUUAGGUUGCCUGUCAUGCCCAUGGACUUGAGCAAAUUUGCGUAUGUAUCUAAUAAUAAAAGAGCCGCCUCAGCAUCUCGGAUGGACUAAGCUGGGCAUGGUGAUUAAGCAGAAUCCACAACGGUUGCAUUACCCAUUUCAGUUAUGGUGAGUCCUGAAGUCUACCUUUUGCUGAUGGUGUUGGGAAGUGAUGCCAUGCCACUGAAAGACUCAGAAUUUUAUAAUUGAUUCAAUCAGGUCCUCUUUUUUGCAUCACUCCCCCAUUAUGUAUGAUUUAUUUGUUCUGUCCUUGAAAACCUUGUAUUGAGUUUUCUUUGCUCAUUGAUUUUCCCUUCUUUCGAGGUGCUGUGUUGAUGUGUUGACGAAAAUCUCCUAUAUUUUGAAAAUAUGGUGAGAUAUUAAGGAGAA